AUGGGUUCCAGCGCCAAAAAGAAGAAGGAGAAGAAGAAGGAUUUUCAGAAACCCAAGUAUAAAGUAGGCAAAACUGCUCCAAAGGCUUCAAAUUUCACAGACACCAGCUUUAAAUCCAGAGCAAUUGUUAUGAACCAGCAGUCAUUAUCAACUGCUGCCCCAGACGCUGUUCACCAAUUCAAACACAAUCUUUCUCUAGCUUCAUCUUCAAGGAAUGACAAACAACGCCGCGAUGCCUUGGCCUACCUCACCAGCCAACUCUCCUCACAACCUCCAGUCAACCCCGUUGGGACAAACAACAUCCUCUUGAAAGUUCUUCCUCUCAUCUCAGAUAGCUCGACACCAGUGCGAAGCCAGCUGCUAAAGCUCCUUCGCGCACUUCCAAAAGACCAAGCAAAACACAGCGUUAGAGAAGCCAUCACGUUCAUUCGCGCUGGCAUGACCCAUCUCUCGGCUGAUAUCAGCAGCGAUUCACUAGGAGUUAUGGAAUGGCUUCUCGACGUGGCUGAGGAUGAGCUUGUCGCCGUCCCUGGUGGAUGGUUCAAAACUUUGAAGACGUUUUGCAUCAUCAUGGGCUGGUCCCUGUCGUCAUCAGCGGCCGGAUGGACAUCGGCUCCAGGGUCCGGACUUCGAGCAAAGGACGCCCAGAUCCUCGCCCGCCAGAUAUCGAUUUUGACCAGAUUCAUUCGGGUUGGACUCAAGCCGCCAACUCCCGUUCCUUGGAGUCCUCAAGACUAUUGGGAUAACCUGUACAGGAUACCCCGUGAUCCACACGCCUUUGAAUACCUGAACCUCUAUGGAGAAAGGCGCGACGAAGAGAGCGAGAUGUACGCAAGUCCAGAAUCAAGACAGGGAGUUUUGUCUCGCAAAUUUAUGGAUCCCAUUACAAAGGGGAUCGAGAAGGCGAAGAAAGAGGGCGGCGCGGUGGGCAGGGCAGUUGCUGGACUCGAUCAGGUAUUGACAGAUGGGAUGCGAGACUACAAUGGCUCCGACUCACAACUGAUGACUGACCAAUGGUUAUUGGAUCUGUGGUAA